AUGCUGGGCGCACGAGUGAUUUCUGAUCAGAAUGUGCAGGAGAAUGCAGGCGAUGAACAGCAGCAACAAACUGCGGAAACGGGCGACAACGCUAACAAUUCCCACAACUAUGGUAGUCCUUCCCAACCGGCCGCCAUGAUCGAACCCGACAACGAUCCAACCGAAUACAGUGACCACGACGCACCGUUGGAUUUGAUUAGCCCUCCCAAUCGCAAUGUCUCGGACGACGCAUUCACCACCAGUUCUUCACUGAGUGAUGCCAGCGAGGGCAACAAGUCUCAGAAUCUAGUGGAUGUGGACAUGGAAGAUGUGUUUGCAUACGAAGGAUCGCCCACACCGCUGGCAGGAGUGGGUUCGGGACCGUAUCUGAAUCAGCAUCCUCCCACGCAUUACCAGCAGCACUUGCAGCCCAAACAACAACGAUUGCAGCGGAUGGAUUCCACACCCUCGGAUGAUUCUGGAUCCGGACGAGGGGCCACAACGACCAGCCAGAACUCCAGUCGUGAUUGGGGAUGGUUUGAAGAUAAUGCUUCUGGAAAAUCCAAGAAGUCAAUACCUCACCGCAUUGGAUUGGAUCCCAACAAUGAAACAGCUGCUGCCGCCAUGGCCGUGACAGCCCCAACCUAUGUACUCGAAGAAUCCCUUUCCUCGCAACGGCUCUGGAAGUAUACUGCCGGGAACCGCCCACCACAACCCAUGGAAGAACGCAUGUUUUACGAAAAGAUGUGGGCGCAAAACUUUGCACGAUCUCAAGUCAAUUACAAAUGCCCGUCGAUGUGCUCACGGCCACGUCGCCCAUUUCCCUCAGCCCCUUUGCUCGAAGGAACCAUGGAAAUGUCGGCGGCUGCUGCGGCUGAUGGAGGCGAUUAUAACCAGUACACCAUCUCUCUCUUUUCCCCC